AAAAAAAAUAGUAUUACGUGUUCAUAGUGGGUACUGGGUAGUGGUUGUCAUUUUGGUGUUUUUGGUUGUUCUGGGUACUGGAGUGAGGGAGCUGAUUAGUGAUUGCCCACAAAUUUAUGUUAAAGUUGAGGGCUUUCACUCCCUUUAGCUCUGUUGUUUGAGGUUUGUGUUGUAAUGGUCAAAGAGAAAGUGAAGGGGGAGAUCCUGAGGGUUUGACAGUGACAGUGACAGUCAAGCUUGGGGCAUUUCCGUUUUACAUUACACUCUACACUGGAUUUGGCCCCAAUGGGGGUAGGAAUGGGGGACAGAGCUCCAUUUCCAUCGUCAUCGUUACCUGCUAGCCUCACGCCUAUUCUUCUUAGAUCUGGAGAUUCGGUUCUUGAUAAUGAUCUUCCCCUGAUAAAGUUAAAUUUUCUCUUGGAUCUUUCGCGUUCUUUUGGAUACAGUACUAGUACUGUACUGUACUGAUUUCAGUUUGAAACGAUUUGAGCUUUUUUCUUCUUUUUUCUCUCCGCAUUUUUGUUGGUAUUGCCCGAGAUGGGUCGUUUCAGCUCAUUGGGGUUGUUGUUUGUGAGUUUAUUGGUGUUUCUUGAUUUUCCGGCGGUGAGUUCCGGCGCCGGCGACGACGGCGACGCUCUUCUGGCGUUGAAAUCUAGGAUUGACCCGUCGGGAAAGCUGGUUGGUUGGUCGGAGAAGAACGUCGGGAGUUUUUGCCGGUGGGAAGGUGUGAAGGAGUGUAUGAAUGGGAGGGUUACUAAGCUGGUGGUUGAGCGGCUCAACCUGAGCGGCGCGCUGGAUGAGCCGAGCCUGAGCCGGCUGGAUCAGCUCCGAGUGUUGAGCUUCAAGGAUAACUCCCUCUCCGGCGAAAUCCCUAGCCUCGCCGCCCUCCCAAACCUCAAAUCUCUCUUCCUCAACAACAACUUCUUCACCGGCGGAUUUCCGGCGAAUCUCUCGCUCCUCCACCGCCUCAAAGUCAUCGUCCUCUCCGGGAACUCACUCUCCGGCGAAAUCCCGCCCGAAUUGCUCCGUUUGUCGCGCCUCUACGUGCUCUACUUACAAGACAAUCAGUUCACCGGGGAAAUCCCGCCGUUGAAUCAGACGAGCCUGAGAUUCUUCAACGUCUCCAACAACCAACUCUCCGGCAGAAUCCCGACCACUCCGGCAUUGGCUGGGUUUAACCAGUCGGCAUUUUCCGGAAACCUAGAAUUGUGCGGCGAGCAAAUACACAAAGCCUGUCCAAAUUCCGGCCCUUCUAUCAGUCCAUCCUACCCGAUUAUCCCUACAAAUCAUCGGAAGAGGAAUCGGAAUCGGAAACUGGUGCUAAUAAUCGUUCCAAUUAUCGGCGGAAUUCUGCUAUUAUGUCUAGCCGCGGCCAUUCUGAUAAUCUGUCUGAGAAGACGAGGGAGGAAGAUCGGGGAAGUGAAGAGCAAAGCGGCGGCGGAGGGCGGAGGAGGAGGAGAAGAGGGGAGCGGCGGCGGUGACGGCGGCGGCGGUAAUAAUGGCGGAAAGCAAGGGUCAUUUUCGUGGGACCAGGGAGGAGGGGGAGAAGGAGGACUAGGGGCAUUGGUGUUCUGCGGACCAGGGGAUCAGCAAAUGAAUUACACCUUGGAGGACCUGUUGAAGGCCUCAGCUGAAACCCUAGGGAGGGGCACAAUGGGAAGCACAUACAAGGCGGUCAUGGAAUCCGGCUACAUUGUCACCGUGAAGCGCCUCCGAGAGUCGAGGUACCCCCGGCUCGAGGAGUUCAGGCGCCACGUCGAGAUUCUUGGAAGGCUUAGACACCCGAAUUUGGUCCCCCUCCGGGCGUAUUUCCAAGCUAAGGAGGAGCGUUUGGUCGUGUACGAUUAUUUCCCCAAUGGCAGCCUCUUCUCCCUCAUCCAUGGAUCAAGAGCUUCCAGUGGUUCAAAGCCUCUUCACUGGACAUCCUGCUUGAAGAUUGCCGAAGAUGUGGCUACAGGACUGCUUUAUAUCCACCAAAAUCCCGGCCUCACUCACGGGAACCUAAAAUCGUCGAAUGUGCUCUUGGGCUCCGACUUCGAGUCCUGCCUCACAGACUAUGGCCUCACGCCGUUCAGGAACCCAGACGCCCUCGAGGAAUCCAGCGCCUCUUCCCUCUUCUACCGAGCUCCAGAAUGUCGCGACAUCCGCAGGCCUCUAACGCAGCAGGCGGACGUCUACAGCUUCGGCGUCCUCCUCCUGGAACUCCUCACCGGGAAAACCCCGUUCCAAGACCUCGUCCAAGAACACGGAUCGGAUAUCCCGAGAUGGGUUCGGUCCGUCAGGGAAGAAGAAACCGAGUCCGGCGACGAACCCGCAUCUAGCAACGAGGCGUCCGAGGAGAAGCUCGGCGCCCUCCUUAACAUCGCGAUGGCGUGCGUGUCGCUCACGCCCGAGAACCGGCCGACGAUGAGGGACGUGUUGAAGAUGGUGAGAGAUGCGAGAGCGGAAGCUCAGGGGUCUUCUAAUAGCAGUGAUCAUUCUCCAGGAAGAUGGUCAGACACUGUUCAGAGCUUGCCCAGGGAUGAGAAUUUGAGCAUAUGAUGAGUGUAUGUAAGUUCCCAGAAGCUCAAAAUUCAUGCAUUUUUAUUCUUUUUUCUUUCUUUCUUUUCCCCUUAAGGUUAUGAAAUUGUUAUUCUAUUAGGCAUUAUUGUAGAGUUUGCUUCUUGAGGAGUUGUAGAUCCAAUUGUUGUAAAGACUUAAUGAACUUUUUUCCUUUCUCAUUUACCUACCUACUUUCUUGUCA